AUGUCUGGUUCCUUUUGGAAGUUUGGUCAGGAUUACUCGAUAGAGUCACCGGUUUCUAAGAUUCUAAAUAGCGCCUUUAUUAAAAUUGAUAAAGAUCAAGAUGAACGUGUACCCACGGGGAAGAUCGAAGAGAGUAUUGAUAAUGAUGAAGAUAAACUUUCCAAUGAUGAAGAUAAACUUUCCAAUGAUGACGUGACUUCUACAAAUAAAACUACUAACGAGAAUAAAGAGAAGGAAGAAGAAAAUGCUCUACCGACCACAGAAUCUGAAUAUGAGAACUAUAGACCUAACAUGGAGGUCUUGGAUGAAUUGUUGGAUGAUGAUGAGUUGUACACUGAAUUAAUGUGUUCUAACUUCAAACUGCUGAUAUUUUUGAAGUACCCUGAGGUUUUAUCAAAGUUGAUAGAAUAUGUUACUAAUGAGAGGGUUCUUGACGACAGCCCAGAUAGUAUUGGAAAGCCUGAAAUUAUUGAAGGUGUCAAUGAUCAACCCAUUCCGAUAAACAAGGAAGGAAAGAAUGGAAAGGAGGAUGCUGAAAAGGUCAGGCCAGAAGAAGCUAUAAAUGAUAGCGAUAAUGACUCUGGGGAUGAAAGAAGUGUUGAUUCUGAGGAAACAAGUAUCACAUUACCUCCAGAGUCUGAGGAACAGGUGGAGACUAGAAGAGCUAGGAUAGCAGCCGAGAUUUUAUCAGCUGACGUAUGGCCCAUCUCUGCGGCAAUAAUGGAAAAUAAGGACCUCCUUAGCAGAUUGUGGUCGAUACUAGAUCACUUGGCCCCCCUACCUAUACCUGCUUCUACAUACUUUAUGAAGAUAAAUGAGAGGCUUCUUGAUAUGGAUAUAACAGGAAUGUUAGAGUUUAUCUUGAGCCGAGAAAGUCUGGUUGCAAGAUUUUUGACACAUGUUGACAACCCAUCCUUGAUGGACUUUCUUCUGAAAGUCAUUUCAACGGAUAAGCCGGACUCUCCUACAGGAGUCAUGAAGAUACUAAAAUCGCAGGAUUUAAUACCCAAACUUCUAGAUCACCUUAAUCCGGAAUACGGUGUUUCUACACAGUCUGCCGCAGGCGACUUUAUAAAGGCAUUUGUCACAUUAAGCACCAACUCCAGUAAUGAGCUUGCUUCGGGAAUAGGUCCCAAUGAGUUGACAAGACAAUUGGUAUCCGAGGAAAUGAUGGAAAAGUUAAUCAAUAUAAUGUUAAAAGGUGGCACAUGUUUAAGUAAUGGAGUUGGAAUCAUAAUAGAAUUAAUCAGAAAGAAUAAUUCAGAUUAUGAUUUUAUUCAAUUAGUAUACACUACUAUAGCAAGUCAUCCCCCCAAUGAUCGAGAUCCAAUUCACUUGAUACAUUUGGUAAAAUUGUUCGCUGAGCAUAUGCCUGAUUUUGCUAGUAUGCUUAACGAGACCAAGCUACCAUUGAUGGAAAUGCCAUUUGGUGAGAUUGAGCCCCUGGGUUUUGAAAGAUUCAAAAUAUGUGAGCUAAUCGCAGAAUUAUUGCACUGUUCUAAUAUGACACUACUAAACGAGCCUAAUGGUGAGUUGAUUGCCAAAGGGCGUGACGUGGAAAGAGCCAGAGAACUGGAAGAGUCUCUUGGAAAGGAGAGAAAUUCAUCUGUAACAGAAAAUGACACAGCAUAUUACGAUAAGGAUUGCGCUAAAGAGAAGGAGGUCACGGAAAAAUUAGGUACUCUCCAAAUAAAUAAUCGAGAUGAAAGUGGAGAAGAAAAGCCAGAUGAAACCCAGGCAAUACAAGAUAAAUUGGACGCGAAAGCAGGGGAAGGACUGGAGAAUGAAGCUUCUGGAGUUGAACUGUACGAUGAAACUUUGUCUGACACGGAAUCUGUGCGAGAAUGUUUGAGAGAGAAACCGCUCAUAGGAGACAGACUAAAGAUUGCUUUGGAAGAUACAAAAAUAUUGAUUAGCAUCCUUGAUAUGUUCACUGAGUUUCCUUGGAACAACUUUUUGCAUAAUGUUAUUUUUGACAUUGCUCAGCAAAUAUUCAAUGGGCCACUCAAAACUGGUUAUAACAGGUUUCUUUUGAAAGAUUAUUUGGUUGAUGCAUACCUAACUAGAAAGAUAGUAGAUGCCGACAAAGCAUGUCAGGACUACGAAAAAAAGACGGGUUUACGCUAUGGUUAUAUGGGCCAUUUAACAUUAGUCGCGGAGGAAAUAUCGAAAUUCAAAGAAUAUAUCGACGAGAUGAAACUAACCUUCUGCAAUACUGCUGUCUCAGAUCGCCUUGAAGAGCCGUUUUGGAAAGAAUAUAGCGAAACAACUUUAGCUGAUACUAGAGAAAAGUAUAACACGGUCUUGGGAGAUUUUGGCAAUGAACAAGAAAGCGAUGACGAUGACGUUAUAAGAAAUUCGGAUUCUGAAGAUAUAAUUAGCGAUGCAGAGGGCAAAGAUACUUACAAAAGUGGAGAAAAUGAUGAUGAACUUCUUAGUCAUGAACAUGAUGCUGGGAAUAUGGACUUAUAUUAUAACUUUCAUAACAACGAUAAUAGUGAACAUGAAGAAGAUUAUGCAGAGUACAGUGAUGUGGACAAUAAAAACUAUUAUAAUGAUGCCAGUGCCGAUGACGAUGAUUUUAACGAUGAUGAUAGUAAUUCCAAAAAUUCCAAUCCAGACCUUACAAAUAAUUUAUCCCAACAUAAUGACGAUUGUGAAGGUAGAAACGGCAAGAAUAUGUGUAGUGACGAUAAUGAUGAGAAUAGGAGUGAUAAAUGGACGUCAGGCACCUCAUUAUUCCCCCUGGACCAUUUUCCUAGUAGGUCACAACCUUCAGAUCCUAAACUGCAAGAUCAAAAUAUUUUUCAGCAUCAGUUCGGCUUUGACGGUGUCGGCGAUGAUGAUGACUACAUGGAUCCUAAUGAUGAUGGGCAGUCAUAUGCUAGGCCUGGUAACCCGUUGUACACAACUCCAAAAACACCACCAAGACCAAAGACUAUACUUUUCAAUUCUUUAUCUGCAUUGGAUGAUAAUGACGGGGACCAAGAAACAGCACUAGACAUUGGUGUUGAUGACCGAAUAGAUAACGAGAUAUCAAGCGAUGACGAGGACUCUGAAGAUGAAGAUGAAGACAAUGAUAUGGCCAGCGAUGAAGGUUACUCGUUAUAUAGGUCAAGGAGUAAGGAAGCUUUUUGA